CAGCAGCUGAAAACUUCCUUCCUCCGCAUCCAGCUGCAGGCCCCCCCUGCCCGAGCUCUCCCCGCCCAGUCUCCAGCCGCUGCAGCCUCCAGGGCAGUCCCAGGAGGCCUGGAGGAGGGACACAUUUUCCCAAGUGCCGGGACAGGCUUCUUGGAAGGCUGGGACCUCGAGCACACACAGGGCUUAGCUGCUCCCUCUUGGAGCCUGCUGCAUGAAGAGGAGCCAGCGGCUCUCCGUUGCUCUUCACCAAAGGAGAAGAAGAGAGAGGAGAAAUCCCAGCACCAGAAUGUAAAAGGGGGUGGUGCCUACAGAUCCCCACACUGUGGGCAUUGCCUGGUCCCUGCCUCAAGGAAACUUGGACUGUCAUGUGGGCUCCCUAAACCAGCUGCUGUCAUGAGCCAUGGAAGCAGCACUCCCUCCAUGGGCUGGAAGCACUGGCCAGUCCUCUCUGCGCCCCAGGACCUGUGGAGCUUGGAUCACCUGUCUAGGAAUGGCAUGGGGUGUCCAAGUCCACAGGCCCCCCUGGCCCCUGCUGCUGACAGGAGCCACAGGGCCUUGCAGAGAGGAGAAGCAGCAACCUUUCAGAGACUCCCAGAAAGCUAUGGAGAGGAGCCAGGUACCAUAGUAAGUGCGACAAGGGCACAGCUCUACAGGUACUGCCCAGUCAUUCAGAUCAGCAGGAGCUGCCCAGCCCCACCAGCCGCUCUGCCACUCCAGGCGGAGACAUUUGUUUGGGUGAACAAUGCUUCAGCACAUUCCCAGAGUGUUGCCAAGGCCAAAUAUGAAUUUUUAUUUGGCAGAUCUGAGCAGAAAACUCCAGAUACUAGUGAUCAUGGAGGAAGCACUUUAUUGCCACCAAAUGUCACGAAUGAAUUUCCAGAAUAUGGGACCAUGGAGGAAGGCGGAGAAGGUCUAAGAGCAUCUCUAGAGUUUGAUGCAGAGUCUCUGCCAUGUUGCCCAUCGAGGGAGCAGGGGCUCCAUCUUCUUGCUGGCCGAGACUCUCAGCUCCACAGUGUUACAGAAGGACCAAAAAAUAUCAGAGAGGCCUCCUCUCAAAGUCACCUCAAAGAACAAAGUUUACAAUCCAUUGACUCUUUGGUUUCAGCUCUGAAAGCCACCGAAGCCAGAAUAGCUUCAGAAACAUUACAAGCUACAAAGGUACUGGACAGAGAUGCCAUUUCUAGUUUUUCAGUUCAGCAGGUGGAAAAAGAGCCAGACACUGCCAGUCGUAAAACACAGAGAGCCAUCACAUCAUUCCCUGCUGGGCCAGAAAAACUUUCAAAUAUACCUCUUGCAACUGAAGAAACGGUUGAGGAAAAUUGUUAUUUGCGCAUCCAGAAGGAUCUGACUACGCUGUUAACUGGAGAAACUCAACCAGAGCAUUCCCAGGUUACUGAUAAUGGGAGAGCGGGGGCUGCCUGUGUGCAGGAGCCAGCUUGUCUUCUGUCCUCCCGGUGGAGCACAGCAGGGACUUCUAAUUCAGCAGGCAGUGCUGAUUUUCUGGAAAAGCAGAGACCUGAUCUUGGGAGGGAGUAUGCAGGGCGAUCUGAUCGAAGUGGUUCCCUGGGACGCCCCAGCCGAGUCAAACAUGUGGAAUUUCAAGGGGUAGAGAUAUUAUGGACAGGAGGAGAGAAGAGAAAGAUCCAGCAUUCUACGGCAGCCUUGGCCACACCAUUGGAAAGGACAGCCUUUCCUGAAACUGAGGAGUUUCCCAGAGUGGCAGGCUAUCGCAUCUCAGCAGCCCACCCGUGCAAUUCAGUGAAUUUAACAGAGAGUGUUUGCAAUGAUGCUUGGAAUGCUUCCUCAGAGAGGCCUGGCACCACUAGCUCAGGGACAUUUUCCCCUGUGCCCCUUGCUGAGAGUGGAGAGGAUGAAGUCUUCCUGAAGGAAAACCAACAUCUUGUGAAGAAACUUGAGAGGGAAAGUGAAAGGAUCCUGGAGGAAGAAGACCACCUUGGGGGAGGAGACGAUGAUAUUCUGGGGACCGGAUAUACAGAGGACUCCACUGAUGUGUAUAGCUCCCAAUUUGAGACCAUUUUGGACAAUACUUCUUUAUACUACAGUGCAGAGUCAUUGGAGACAUUAUACUCAGAGCCUGACAGCUACUUUAGCUUUGAGAUGCCUCUUACUCCAAUGAUACAACAGCGCAUCAAGGAAGGCGGCCAGUUCUUGGACAGGACUUCCACAAGAGGACAUCAGGACAUCCUGAGUGUCUCAGCGGACGGAGGCAUAGUGAUGGGCUAUUCUAGUGGGAUCACCAACGGGCUGAAUGAUGCCAGUGAUUCCGUCUAUUCAAAAGGCUCUCCAGAGAUUGCCUUCUGGGGAAGCAAUGCUGGGGUGAAAAAAACACAGCUAGAGGAUCCUUCUGAAAUGGGGAGUACUCACAUUCUGGAAAAAGAGCCUACAGAGAGCCUCAGUAAUGGUACGAGCAGCAACGUGGAAGCCGCUAAAAGACUGGCUAAACGUCUUUACCAACUGGACAGAUUCAAAAGAUCAGAUGUCGCCAAACACCUGGGCAAAAACAAUGAAUUUAGCAGACUAGUUGCAGAGGAAUAUCUGAAAUUUUUUGAUUUUACGGGAAUGACACUAGAUCAGUCUCUCAGGUAUUUCUUUAAAGCAUUUUCUCUCGUGGGAGAAACUCAAGAACGAGAGAGAGUUUUAAUACAUUUCUCCAAUAGAUAUUUUUAUUGUAAUCCUGAUACCAUUGCUUCACAAGAUGGAGUCCACUGCCUGACCUGUGCGAUGAUGCUUCUGAACACUGAUCUCCAUGGCCACAGAACAAAUGAAGUCCGUGAACGAGGUACCACACUGUACGUAGCAUGUUUCCAGAGGCUACAGAGAUUAAGAACAUGGAUACCUUCAGGGAACAUCUUGGGGAAGAAGGCUGUAAUAGACUGUGUGGAAACAAAGAACAUUGGAAAGAAGAUGACCUGCCAGGAGUUCAUUGCAAAUCUCCAAGGGGUAAAUGAAGGUGUCGAUUUCUCGAAGGAUCUGCUAAAAGCUCUAUACAACUCAAUCAAGAAUGAGAAGCUUGAAUGGGCAGUGGAUGAUGAAGAGAAAAAAAAGUCUCCAUCGGAAGGUACUGAUGAGAAGGCUAAUGGAACACAUCCAAAGACCAUCAGCCGCAUUGGGAGCACGACUAACCCUUUUUUGGACAUUCCUCAUGACCCAAAUGCUACUGUGUACAAAAGUGGAUUCUUGGCUCGGAAAAUUCAUGCAGAUAUGGAUGGCAAGAAGACUCCAAGAGGAAAGCGAGGAUGGAAAACCUUUUAUGCUGUCCUGAAGGGAACAGUUCUUUAUUUGCAAAAGGAUGAAUAUAAGCCAGAGAAGGCCUUGUCUGAGGAGGACUUGAAAAAUGCCGUGAGUGUGCACCACGCCCUGGCGUCCAAGGCCACGGACUAUGAGAAGAAACCGAAUGUGUUUAAACUCAAAACCGCCGACUGGAGGGUCUUGCUUUUUCAAACCCAGAGUCCAGAGGAAAUGCAGGGGUGGAUAAACAAAAUCAACUGUGUCGCAGCCGUAUUUUCUGCCCCUCCAUUUCCAGCAGCCAUUGGCUCUCAGAAGAAGUUUAGCCGCCCACUUCUGCCUGCUACUACAACAAAGCUAUCUCAGGAGGAACAGCUGAAAUCUCAUGAAGGCAAACUGAAGCAGAUUACCACCGAGCUGGCUGAGCACCGCUCCUAUCCCCCAGACAAGAAAGUUAAAGCCAAGGACGUCGAUGAAUACAAGCUCAAAGACCACUAUCUGGAGUUUGAGAAAACCCGCUAUGAAAUGUACGUCAGCGUUCUCAAAGAAGGAGGAAAGCAGCUCCUGAGUCACGAUGAAAACGAGGCUGCUGGUCUGAAGAAAUCACACUCAAGUCCUUCACUCAACCCAGAUUCAUCUCCAAUCACUGCCAAGGUCAAGCGUAACGUGUCAGAGAGGAAGGACCACCGACCGGAAACCCCAGGCAUUAAGCAAAAAGUUACUUAGAAUCCAUCUGAGGCCAGGAAGUGCUGGUCAUGGAGCAAAAUAGAGGUUUUCAAGAUCUUUCUGGUAAUCCGUGAAUAUAUUAAAAAAAAAAAGUCUGUGACUAAAUGGUGCAUUAGUAACUUUUUAUAUUGUACAUUUUUGUUAGUUUCUGUACAGAUUGUCUUUGCUCUGGAUUUCUUUGCUUUGAUGAUUUUCUGCAAUUUGAUAACUAAUGCACCUUUUUGUGAGGAGUUAGAGGAUCAUGAUUUCAACAUGAAUUCUGUAUCCCUUCUCCUUUGGUUUCCUCUUAUUUGCACUCUGCUCAGUUGUUUUAUGUAUUCUCAAAUCAACCAUUAUACUUUUUUUUAAGGUUAAAAAAUUUACUCCAUUGUGAAACACUUAACUGGACAAACUUCGUAGUUUAGUAAAUUCUAGCCAGAGUUAACAUAAGCGUUUAUAUGUGAAACCUUGCCCGGUCACGGAGGAGGAGCUAAAUACUCACACAUGUUUAAGUGAGAAUCACAAUGCUGGGAAUCAAGACGUUCCAACAUGGUGUAGCCCUGCGUGAACCGUAGCACUUAGUAUUGAGUUCUGACCCUGCUGGAGCAGGCACAGGAGGUGUGAAGACCCAGGACUGGAGAGCUUGGGGAACAACAGGAGUUUGCUUGAAGUGUGGAUGGCAUUCCAGCCAAGCAAGGGUAGGAGGAAGUAGUCACUUUGCCAUUGAAGACUGAGGACAGUUGGAUUCCAAGUUAAUUUUGUUUUCUGAAGGACAGUGGCAAUAAUUCGCUCCUGGUGUAGCUGCAGCAAUAGACAUGUGUUUAGUCUGCAGGAAAUUGUUACCUCAUUCCCACGGGGUCUACACUGGGAAUCCAUAAUCAUCUCUGUUGAUAACAUACUUCCACCCAGGGGUAGAUUCUUUUUUAUGCUACAUAUAUAUAGAUAGAUAGGCAUGAGGUCAUCUCCUGAUUGUUAGGAUUUUGGGGUCUUCCUAACAAAAUGUGGAAGAUGGAGCUCCUUUUGUUCUUUGCUUAAGCCAAGACAACACAAGAGAGCAAAACUCAGCUGCAGUUAGUCAGCAGUGGAUAUUGAUUCUGAAGACUAAGUCUACAAGUAAUAGUUUAAAUGGUUGAUAAUGGGAGAAUCUGCUGGUUGCAUAUGCAGAGUUUCUUAGUUUCUUAUCACACUCUCUUUGAUAGCCACUGCACUGUGUCACUGUUAAACUUGCUCCUAAAAAUUCUUCGUCUGUUUUAAAUCAUUUUUAUGUCCUCAAAAUAGUCCUAUUCCCUUUACAGUCAAGAGCUGUGUCUAUGAUGUUCCCUUUGAAAUUCAAGGUGAUAAACAGAAUGAUUGCUUCUAGAGGAAGAAAAAGGAGUGGAAAUUCAGUCCCCUGUGACUUAGAAGUUUCAGAUUUGAAGAUUCUGAAACUUCUUGUAACUGAAUUCCCCAAAGCUAUCAUCUGCCCAAACAACACUACUGCAAAAUGAGAUCAUUCUGGAAAUUCUUUUUCCUCCCACAGACAUUUUCUCUACUUUUGCUUCUUUUUUAAAUUGAAGGUACUAUGACCAAAGAAUCAGCUGCUCUGCAUGAAUAGCGUGGUCCAAGUGGAUUAGAGAAAACCCGCUAUAAAACCAUGGUAUUUCUAGUAAUGUGUUUCUAUGAUACAUUUACAUUUACUUACAUGAUUUUUCAUUGUUUACUUCCUCUGUUCACAAUGUUGGUGCACAGAAAAGAAACACCCCCUCUGAAUGGUUGUAGUUGCUUGCUUUGUGGUAUUUUACCACACCUUUCAAAAACUUAACUCUUAACCUCUAUCUUGUUUAGAUAAAGGCAAUGUCUAAAUUUAUGUUUCAAAACUAUGAAACACACUAGUUGCCAAUGUGGCCUCUACACCUGAAUCAUUUUGGUAGCUUCUUACCAAAUCCAAAUUUCCAUCAGUCCUGAAAUCUGAAUUAUCAGUGUUUAUUUUCUGCUUAUUUAUAUUAGUUGAGGGGAAAGAGAGGUACCUAGACCACAUGAUCUAUGAGGUUUGGUAACUGAAGACAAGUUGACAUCCCUGAUAGCUUGAAUGUGUUUACCCACAAGUGUGUAUCUAUGUAUAUAGAACGUUUAUGUAUAUUUUUCUUAGAGUAUAUAAUGCAUAUUGAAUGGUACUUUGCUGCAGUAUUCCUGAUGUUUAGAGUAGUCUUAAAACACUCGGUUAGCAUCAGCACUGCCAUAGCACUGUUCCUGUUGUAGGACACACCAGUGUUAGCUUCAGAGACUUCCAGACACACUCAUGGAUAGUCCAAUGACAAGGGUGAUUUUGAAGCAGCAGUUAAGAUAACUUUAAGGUUCUUUUGUGGCUCAGGAUCCCAGAUGGCUAUCGUGUGAUGCUAUCCAUCUACAGGGGUUGGUUGAAAGCACCUCUUCUCUGAGGCCUCUGGAAGGAUGCUGUUUGCUCUCACUGUGUGUCACAGGCCAAGAUUUAUCCCAGGGCUGGAAACAGUCUCUGAUUCAACUGAGUCCUGAGAGUCUGGUCUAUAGCCAGCCAUUUUUCUGUUAUGAUCAUUUCUUCUCAGUGGUAGCUAGUCAAAAGACAUGGAAGGUGUUUCCUUUUGCAGCUAUUUUGAGCCUGUUGCACAAUUCACGGUACAGAGGAGCUGCCCUCCUCCCUCCCUUCGAAAGGUACUCCUGCCACCCAAUCCCACCUCACUCCUCACCCCUACCUCAGAGCCCAGGGGCCUUGGAAUCUCUCUCCAUGUGGGAAAUCAUCAUUCUUUUUCUGAUGCAUACUUUCAAUGUUAAUUUCCAGUGUAGAAAAUCUUGAAAAGUCAUUGAGAUAGUCUUGGUACAAACUGGCCAAGGAAGGGCCCCGUGUAAGAAACCCAUGUGUGUUUUGGGGUUUGCCCUCACUUUGCAUACUGACUUUUGCAUGGAGGUAUCAGGGACUUGUCAGCAAUCAACCUUAGUUACUAGCAUACAGAGUCUUUAUUUGCAGACUACAGACAUUUGUGAAAUACAGUUUUUUUUAACCAGUUACUUAAGUCUUGGCAUUGUCUAAUUAAACCAAGAAAUAUUUUGUGCAUUUUAAUUAAUCUCAGUAAAACCAACAUGUGGGAGAGUGCUCUGGUAGAAAUAGUUCUUAGAGGAUAUGUGACAUUUUUCAUAAAGAAGUAGAAGGUAAAUAAGGUAGAAGUCAUUUUCUCAUGCAGAAGUCCUGCACUGUCUGUAAGACCCUAAAUGCUUCUCCCACUGACAUACUGAGGUCUAUAUCCUAGACAGACGUGACACAGGAAGUUAAUUCUAGAAGAAGAAAAUGUGGCUGCCUUUUUAAAGAUCAGCCAGGUCUGUAUUUUACCAGAUGGCCAGAUCACUGAACUUCUAAAGUUGGGGGAGAAUUUGCAUAGCUAACAGGGAAAGAGGACUUUUGCUGCCUAAGUACAAGUACACAGAGUUUUUGGCUGUUUUUGUCCAGUGCUGUCUUUACCCACUGCCCCUCCUAUAAUCUAAAAGCCCAGAAAGCUGUUCUUAGAUAAAGCACAGCCCUGCUUUGCCCUGAGCUACAUCUCUUCUCUGCCUUUACACCUAGACACUGACGAUAAGCAGAGAACUAAGUCAGCUUCUCCCUUGUCUUCCUGUCAAGCCCUUUUGGGGUUCAGUUGAUGGUCCACAGAAAUUCAAUUCUUUAGCAUUUUUCCUGGUAAUCAUCUCUUAUUUCACUCAGUUCACAGCAAGUUUCUUAGGUAUGCAGGUUCAAAUCUCUCUAAUGUUCUUGUGGACAUGCUGUAAGUUUUCAUCAUGUCAGUAGCCACCUUCCUCAGUUUUAGAUGAGAAUGACCCCUUUUUAAAUGACAAAAUGUUUUCAGUUGUAAAGCUAGCACUGUAAAAACAAACAAACCAAAAAAUAGUGUGUCAUCCUAACACUUGUUUUUAAAAAGAGUCUACUUUAUGAAUGAUAGUGCAACUCUGGAUCUUAAUAAUAUCUACCUAAAAGAUUAGUAGUGUGUUUUGCAGGCCAGUGAGCCUCUGGGUGUACCUUUCUGCAAAGCAUUCUGCCCUUUUCAUCCAGGCCAGACUGCUGGCUGGAGACAUGUCUCUUUCAAGGUCAGCAGAUCUCUUUUUCUCUCCACCAGUGUUUUGACAUCUUGCACCAUCAAAUCAUCCAGGAAUUGUAGAGAUAACCACAAAAUAAUCUUAUGAUCGAUUAUUGUUAGAGAUACAAAGGUACUUUGUCACUGCUUUUCCUUUCAGAUUCCUUUUCUAUCUUUUGCACUUAAAAGAAGGACUAAUGCCAAGGUCACUUUCCUUUUAUACUUAUAGUACCCAACCCCAGGCAGGCAGCCUUCUGCUUAGGACGGUAAUUGGCCCAUUGCAUGCAGAGAGAAUGUCUUCAGAGAAUGUCAACAAGUACUUGAAUCUGCAUGACAGUUUUUGACUUGAAUGCAACAGCAAGGAAAUAUGGCAAGUUAAUUGUAUAUAUAGUAGGUUUUCUUAGGUCUCUUUGGCUCAUCCUUUGUAACUUAUGUGUGUAUUUGUUGUAUUGUAGGCUUUUGGAAAUAUUCGUAUAGACAGUAUGUCAGAUGUCAAAGAUAAUGCUUUCUGUCAUGUGCCAAUGUUGUAUUUGUGGGUAUUUAUAGUUGUAUGUAUGUAUGUAUGUGCAUCACUAUGUAGAUUGUAUAUGAGUAUAUGGUAUAUGUACAUCAAAACUAUUUUGUUUUUAAUAACCAGUGUGAUACGAAAAGCAAGUAAAAACCUCAUAGGACUGAUUAUAUAAUGCAGUUGUUGAGAGUACAUAUACUGGUAUUGUUGUAUUAAAUCCAAGUGAUAUUUUGAUUAAAUUUUAAUAAGAGUUCAUGCUAGGAAAGUCCACUUUUGAGCUGUGAAUCACCAGGGCAAAAAUGACUUUGAACUAAAUUGUAUGACUCUAUUGAAAUGUAUGGUCUGCAACACCAAGGGGGUAGCUCAAUAUAAUUUGGGAACUAAAAAAAGAAAAGGGGGAAAAAGGCAACCUGGGCAGUUUUAGUAACUUUAGUAUUAACAGCACUUAAACUUAAAGUUGAACUGACAAUUGUGGACUUAUUACAAAAUGUGGUGCUUACAGCACACAUUCUUUAUUGUUGUGAUUAGUCCAGAAAAUAUAGCUUUGAGAAGAAUUAAAUAAGUACCCAUCAUAUCAUUUAUGUACCUAUGUAUAUUUUACAGUAGCUCAAACCAUUCUCCUGGUGCCGCAUCCUUACCCUCUUUAAAGAAAUAUCACAAAUGCUGAAGUAUAUCAGGGCAUCCCAAGAUGGGGUACUGUAUUCCAGGUUUGCAGUUGCACAAAUCAGCAACGAAUAUCACAGGUAAAAGGACUCCAAGACCAGGUUAAAACUUUAUUUAAUAUUUUUAUACUUAGGUCUCUUUUUUCCUGCCUCUCCCCAAAGAAGAGCCACUGGCCUUAGUUGUUUGACUUUAUUGCUUAUAUUAUAGAGUGUAAAUAGAUAACUAGAGAUUAAAAUUUUAUUAACCAGCAUGUUUGGUGUAUUUAAAGCAGCGACUGAGUGUGUUUUGAGUGUGUGGUUGAGGCAGUGUCUUUGGUUGGAACACACUGCCUCGUGUCUGUGUAUCUGAUUCAGAGAAUUGGAAUUGUGGGGUGGGAGUGUAAUCUUCAGCCCCAGUCUGCAAUAGUGUCUUGGUAGUUACACUUAGUUUUUGUUUUGUUUUUUUUUUUAAUUCACUCUACAGCCUCAAACUAUUUUUGCAAAUAUAUAUAUAUUUACUAAUUUGUUCUUGACGUGCAGGGGACUGGUCCUGUGGCUGAUCAGCAGGGUCUGAGUUCUGCAAGAAUAUUUCUUUCUAGGAAUUAUUUGUGAUUUGUGAAAAAAAAAAACAGACUUUUGAUUCAGAAAUCAUAUAAAAAAAAGUAGUGAAAAUGAAAGUUUUAUUUUGGGCCUUAGUCAUUUGAAAUGUUUGGAUUUUAAUAUAAAGCCAUGGAGGCUGUAAAGCCAAGUAAUCAUAUGACAUGGAUAAUAAUAUCCACUUUGGACAGAGUAUAUAUGCACGUUGAUUUUUUAAUGCCAUUAAGAUGCUUUUUCAAGCUAUAGGAACCAGAGUAUUUAGACCAAAUUGAAGUGGAGGGGAUUAGUAGGCUGCCUUCCAUUUAGGGUAAGCCAUGAAUGUGUUCAGUCCUCUGCUCCUGAGAAAUUCAGAACCAGUUUCUUAGCCCUUAAGUACCUAGGGAGAAAGCUGAUGGGUCUGGACCCACUUCGGCGUCCAUUUGCUUGCACACAUGCACACAGUGAAUGUUUUACGUUAUACAAAUCAAAGACCUUUAGACACAAAGGGCCGGAGUAUUCUAAAGAGAUGAUGAACUAAGGGGUAGAAACUAUAUCAUGGAUGUUUUCUAAAGACCAGGCAGAAAUUUGGGCCCUUUUGUCUGACCCUGAUGCAUUGCAAUGUUAACAAAGAAGUAAGGGGAUACCUAUCAUCCAUCCUGAUGGGCCACAGCUUGAGGGUUCACAAGCAGCAGCUCUCCAACAUUCCUCAGUACUUCGGUAGCGUGGGGGAAGAUCCAGCACCAUUUUCCAAGGUGCCCAAGCCAUCUGCUCUGAAGGUCAUUCCUUUGAUAAAGGAUUGCCAAUGGACAAGCCAGGAGGCACUUCCGGUAGAAGUGCACACCCACUUCUGAGCUGUACUGGCAAGAGAGCUCAUAUUGAGGAAUGCUGAGUGGUUGAGCACUUUUCUACUAGUGAAGAUAGUGAGAAGUGAGAAGAAACCUAGUGACAAGAGCAUUUCCCUUUGCAGGGUAGAGAGCUAAGCUCUCACUAAUAGUGUUGUAAAAUAAGCACCUUAACUUCAAUUCUUGAAAAGGUUGGUUAACGGAGAGAAUUGUGGAAUUUCACCUAAUAUUUCCCCUUAGUCUGCAAGUCUUCAGGCACUUGUUUAUGAGAGUCCCAGCCACAAGGCUCAGUGAAGGACCAUGGUGCAGGUCUGAGGCUCACUGCUGUGAACCCUGAAUAGCAGGGCACACAAAGGGAGAUAAUGCCUCCUCUCUGGAGCUUCUCCCCUGGCCUUCCACUCCACUUGGGCUUCUACCAAGCAGCACAUCCUGGGUUUCACAUGCUUUAGUAAUCCAGCUGUCCCAAUGGGUAGACCCUGCUGAGGCAAGACACCAACUCUGAGCGUGACUGAGUCACUCGGGGUGGCACAUGAUAAAGGUAAUGAAAAAAAUCUUCUGCCUGUAGCAAAGAUCAUGUAUUUUGCCUUUGCAAGAAAUAAACCAGCACCCUGAGCUCCAGCCAGCGUUGGAUGAUAUCUUUGCCUUUGCCCCCAGAUUUCCAGAAAUGAACAGUGUUUCAUUUCUGUGGGAAGGGCAGGGUCACAAAACAUGAACGUGCUCACCUAUUCUGUUCUGUCCAGAUGAGAGCUGUUGGGUAAAGGCCUACAUGCCUCCCUGCACCCUCUUCUACCUCAAGUUUCAGGAGCCCAUUUCUAGGACAGAAAUUUACACAAGUGGAGGACACAUACUGUCAGCCUUGGUUACUCUGGGACAUGCUGAAGGGUGGUAAUUUGUAUCUUUUAAUAUAAAACAAGACUUUAACUUUUCCGACCUAUUAGCUGGAUUAUAAUUCACUGUGGCUCAAACUAAUUGACAGUGUGGAACAUUUCUUUACCUUCUGAGUUUUCUCCACCAAUCGUUUCAGUUUCAUUGCAGUUCUGGUGCCCUGGUGCCAUAUGUCCCCUGCAAAUUGUGAAAGUAAUUAGUGGCAAAAUAGCAGCCUAAUCCUAUUUAGUGGCCAAACUGUCAGCAUUAGCAGACUUGGGUAAGCUAAGCUUAGUGGUACCUUAUUAUGUAUUAGAAACCUGUUCCUCAUAAUCACCUACCAGAUUCAAGAAAUGCCAUCUAGAAAACGGUGGCAUUUAUGGUGGUCCUUUUUUGAAUGGAACAGUAAUUUAUGUGGAUAUUGUUAAAGUGUUUAAAGACUAUUUUGAAAAUUAAGUUUACAUUUUACAAUUGCUUUAUUUUUAUUAAAAUAUCUGUAUAUAAAUAUUACCCUAUUUCACUGUUAUUAAAGUAAACUUAACCCUUGUAGACAAGUGGGUCACCUGAUAUGUAUAGAAGCUGUGAUAUAUACAGUACAUUUCUCUAUUAUGUAAAUGUUCAUGAAUAUAACUGUUCCUGUGUUUUUAUAAGUUGGGGAUAUUUUGUUGUUUCAUGACAACAAAAAUUAUUGCAUUUAAAAUGGUUUUUAUGUACUAGAAAUCAUGCAAAAUAGUGAAGGAAUUAAUAUGUAUAUGGUGUAUGUUAAAUGUACAAACUUUAGAAGGAAAUAAAUCCAACAAAUUUCAAUCAUUUGGGGGAAUGUUUGUCUUUGCUUAUUUAAGCAACUAGAAUAGUAUCUUAGAAAUAAAUGGCACAAUACCCUAACCCCUCUCCAUCAAAAGGCAACCAGGAGAACCAGGAUGAAAGAUGGCCAUGGUGACUGACUGGGGUGGAAAGAAAGUUGAAUUGUGAAUGCUGAUUGACCUCUGUGAUCUUCUGUGAAAAUCUUUGUGUGCAAAUAUAUAUAUAUAUUCUAUCGGAGACUUCAGAGGCUCAUUGUCUUAAUGGAGGAGAGGGAGGCUUUGAGCAUAGAAGGAACAAAUGAACUUUUUGAAGCAAUUUCAAGAAUCAUUUGCUUUCCCAUUUACUUCUCAUCAAAGCAAGGGGACCAUGGAAUUAAUUAUCAUCCUACAGUGCAAACGCUGACCUCCAAAUCACUGCUUUAUUGUGGCUAGUGUUGUACCUUCGUGUUCUCUUAACGGAACCUAAUGUUAAAUUAAGAUCUGUUGACUUGGAAAAUGAAAAAUAAAAUUCCACCCAAACUUCUGAA